AUGUUGCCCUACCUCCUGUGUCGGCACAGUAGCUGUGGUCACAGCAGUACAGGCUUUGUCUCCUUAAAGUUAUAUCCGGUAUUUUCCGAGUACCAGUCCAUUCAAAAAGAGAGACCUCUGAAGUUAACACCUCUCAGAAGCUCCUGCGAUGUUCAGCAAAUUUCCUUUCCAUUAGCAGCUUACUCCUCUUCGGUCACUCGGGGUGAGCCCCAGAAGUCAUGCUCCAAGCCUGUAGCAGACAAAGUCACAGAGAGCUGCCAGCAAAUUUGCCAGUGCAGGCCACCUCCACCGUUACCACCGCCUCCUCCACCUCCACCACCCCCGAGGUUGCUAGUGGUGCCAACUCCCAAGUCUACUUUUUGUCCCACUGAAGAGACCUGGUGGCCAGGCCUGGUUAUUAUCAUCGCAGUAUGCUGUGCCACACUAGUGUUCCUCUUCGUAGUUGUCAUCAUUUGCUACAAAGCCAUAAAAAGGAAACCAAUGAGAAAAGAAGAGAACGGAACCAGUCGGGCUGAAUAUGCAAUGACCUCCUCCCAAAACAACAAAACAGUUGAUAACAAUGCGGUCGUAUAA